AUGCAGCGACGCAGGGUGCGGGCGGCGCUGGCGGCGCUGCUGUGCGCGGCGCUACUCCCGCUCCGCCCGGAGGCCGUCAAGGCGCCCAAGCGGCCGGCGCGGACCCGGACCUGCGGCGAGCGGCCCGAGGAGCUGCUGGAGCAGCUGUACGGGCGGCUGGCGGCGGGCAUGCUCAGCGCCUUCCACCACACCCUGCAGCCCGAGCCGCCGGGCCGCCAGCACAACGCCAGCUGCCCGGCCGGGGGCCGGCCGGCCGGCGACAAGAGGUUCCGGCUCCCCGUCAACCUGCGCAGCGCCUCGCCGUGGGCCUACAGAAUUUCGUAUGAUCCCACAAGAUAUCCUAAAUACAUUCCUGAAGCAUACUGUCUGUGCAAAGGCUGCCUCAUGGGGAUCUUUGGUGAGGAGAAUUUUCACUUCCGCAGCACCCCUGUGUACAUGCCAGCAGUCAUCCUCCGUCGCACGUCGUCAUGUGCUGGGGGCCGUUACGUCUACACAGAAGAUUAUGUCACUAUCCCAGUGGGCUGCACUUGUGUACCUGAGCAAGAAAAAGAGGCCGAAAGCGUAAAUUCCAGCAUAGAUAAGCAAGAAAUGAAGUUGCUGGUAAGCCAGAACAAGCCGUCAUCAGAAUGA